AUGGCCAUCACCGUCCUCAAUGGUACGGUGGCCGGCAAAGGGUACCAUGCGAUUCGCAUGGACAUUGCCGAGCUCAACAUGAAGCUGGACCGGGGCGCGAGCCCUGCGAGCCGUGCUACCCGGCAGCGCUUUCGCGACAAGCUAGAAGACGAUCUGAGAAGCGUGACGAGUGAUAGUCAGGUCGUAAGCGUAGCGGGCAGGACAGAUGUGAAUUUCGGGAUCCGCAACUACUUUGAUCGCCUAGAGGUCGCCACGAUCCCAGCGGCUCCUCCGCCUAUUGACUCGCUGUUUCCAUGCAGUCCAGAGCAGGCCGGCAGUGCUGCAGACACGGAAGAAGCUGUCGGUCACGGGUCUGCGCGCGCGCCAAAAACACUCCUAGAAGCUGUGACGUCUGGAGACCGAGCCGCCGUGGAGUAUGUGCUGUCCCAGGACGCUAGCCUGAACCAGCGAUCACCAGAAGGCCAGACUGUAUUGCACAUUUGCGUCUCGUACGACGACAGGGAAACGGCAGACAUUCUCAUCAAGCAUGACACGAGCAUCAUCAACAGGAAGAACUCUCGCAGCGAGACGCCUUUCCAGUUCGCCUUGCUAGAGCAGUCCUGGAACGUAGCUGGCCUUCUCAUCGAGCGGGGCUGCUCCAUGGGCCAGUUCGCCACGGAAUUCUUCACUUGGCUGCCGCAGCAUGUGACGGAUCUGGAUUCCGUGCAGCCCGUCAUCUGGGCUUGCGCAAAGCGACUGGGGAGCGGCAUCGGCUCGACACCGCUUCUGCAUCGAGCUAUGGAGCGUGGUGACACACGGUCUCUCGAGAUUCUACUACAGCAGGGGCUCAACCCUGAUCUUCCCGAGGCGGACACAGGGUUGCGGCCGAUCCAGGUCGCCGUGGUGCUGGAGCAGCGGGAGCACGCCAGGCUCUUGAUCGAACACGGCGCCUCGCUCAACAGGUUUAUCCCGGCGACGAUCGCCACGGACAAAAUUCAACCACAGCACGAGCGCGAAUACCACAGCCGGUGCCGCGCGCUGUUGUAUGACGCCUCGCUUCUGCAGAUCUCCAUCCUGUUCAACAAGGACGAUACACCAGCCAUGAUGCAGCUCCUCCUGGACAACGGGGAGGAUCCGGACUCCAAGGUGGGAGGGACCGCCAACCUCCUCACGCACCUCUAUCUCGAGUCCCAGUGGGUCUACGCCCAGGCCAUCAUACGCGCGGGCGGCGACGUCAAUGGGCGUGGUCCAGACGGCUCGACGACGAUGCACUGGGCGGCGCACAUGAACAACGCGCCCCUCAUCAAGAUGCUGCGAGACUACGGCGCCGACGUCAACGCCAGGCAUCCGGGCAAGGACGACUCAACACCCCUCAUGCUCGCUGUGCGACACAGAGCGAGGGCGGCGGUCAUGACACUGCUCGACGCAGGGGCGAAUGCCAGAAUGACAGACGUGUGGGGUACCACGGCACUCGGAAACGCGGAACAUUUGAAGUCGGAUCCAGAGUGGGCAACUACCCUGUCGGCACUGAGAAAGGCAACCAUGCAGUCAGCCAAGACGAAGCCGCUCUUCGUUCUUGUCAGCGGUGAGGAACGGGAGACAUCGAACCCAAAAGGAUGGGGAGAUGCAGUCGAUGGUAUUCCUUAG